AGGAUCAAGAAGAAGAUGCGUGAACAGGCACUCCAGCGAACUGCUUUUGAGAUGACGGAAAAAAGCAAGCGGAUGGAGGCUCAUAUUCAGGACCUGGAGCGUGAAAUCAAGUGGCUUAAGGCCUUAGUCGUAGAGAAGAGCGAAGGAGGGUUGGCAAAGCUGGUGAGCGAGCGACCAAUUCCAACAGCACGCCAGUACACUCCAGCUCCAUAUCCGCCAGCAAACAGCAUGUCAUUGCCACAGCAGGAUCUUUUACACAGUCAAGAAGACGACGAUGACGAUGACUAUAACUAGAUUCUCUUUCGGCUACAUUCUUUGUCCUUACUCUCGUUUCUUACUCUUCUUGGUCUUCUUCUUCUUCAAUCUCCAUUAUUUCAUAUGUUUCUUUUUCCUUUGACUAACCAUAUGUCCAUCUCUCCCCUUUCAAUUCUUCUUUUUCCUUUUCUGAAACCUCUUAUUUCUGAACGAUGCUAUGUUCCCCUUUCUUUUCUUAUGGCCAACCCUUUUUCUUUCCUCAAAAUAUGCUUUACAAAAACUUUUCUUAUCCCUUUCCCUUUACACCAGUCUGAACCGAAAAAUGUUG